AUGGGAGCAGUAUUUCUCGAAAAAGAAGCCGUAACUGCUCUAUGUGGGAUUAGAGUCAUUUGGGUUGCACCAGCCAUGAGAAAGAAACGCAUAGCCAGCCAACUGUUGGAUGCUGCAAGGAUAAGUUUCUGCAAGGGUUUUGCACUGAAGACAUCUCAGCUGGCAUUCUCUGAUCCAACCUCUUCUGGAAAGGCAUUGGCAUCAAGAUACUGUGGCACGGCUGCCUUUUUAGCCUACAAAACUUUUAUUUGA